AUGCGGGUGUCCAUCCCGCCGUCUGGACUCGAACAUGACCUGCUUGGCUUUAUUGUGGUCCAAAAACAGAAGGAUUCUACAGUAUGUGUGGUUAGAAAUUUGGAGAGGACUGAUAACUUCCGGUUUUCCGAAUGUUCAUGGGAUGGUAACACGUGCGCUGAAAUUAAUGACGUCAACUGGGAACCAGGUGACAUGGUCAGUGAUUGGCCGGCCGGACCAUAUGCCCUGCCUAUGUCAGUUGACGGAUGUCCAGAGUCAAAAUGGAAGGGUUGGGAGCAAGGUUACAUUGACCUUACAUGGGAGAACCCUUACGCUGUUUUAAACAGAAAUGUAUCAACGUCUGAUGAUGUGAAUGAUAAUGACACAACUGUUGACCUGGAGGAUAUCACCCUGGCCCAGAUUACUGAUAUACAGAGUUUGAUAAAGGGACCAUACAACAGAUAUAGAAUAAAGCUUAACUUCUGUUUCAAACUGAGGAAUGAUCCCAUACUAGAUAUAGGCGAGUGGCCAAAUGGUUCUUACGGAAUAUAUGGAGAUAUAACUGGGUGUCCAACAGGGUUUUCUGUUGACGACAAAAUUAUUAAGCUGCCUAAAUCAUCUUUCUGGAUAAGUGAUGGGUAUCUGCCUUUCUUUCAUUCAGAAAGGACUGAAGACAAUGAAGGUUUAUCAGGGUUUCUUGCACACAGCACGAAAGCUCAAACAAGUAUAGAGUGGACAGUAUUAGACUUAGGCAAAACAUUUCCAGUCACGGCAGUAUUUGUUCCACAUGAAAUUGACAUGAAAACGUUUACUGGUGUAACCAGCAUGCAUGGGCAAGAUGAUAAAUACUGUCUGAAAUGGACUGAUGUCGUAAAUCAUGCUUGGGGUGAUGAUUAUACUUUCCCGGAUGAAUCUGUCCGUGAUGCAGGAAGAAACUGUCGGUAUCCUGUUGGACCUUUUUUGGCAUCGCGUUUAUUCUGCAUGACAGAUUUUAAUUCUCGAGAAUUAUGCGAAGGACACUUUGCCGGUAACAACUUUCCGUGUAAUAGCGACAUGGGUAUGACAGAUCUAAAUAUAGAAGAUUAUGACAUUACGUCAUCAAGUACCUUGGCGGAUCUUCUUGCAACAUUUGCACGGCCUUUUCUAGCGGGUUGGUGUGCCGAAAUAGAUGACACCUCUCCCUUUAUAAUGAUACGUUUGCACCCGACAGUUAGAUUAGAUGGUCUUACAGUUUGGAAUUGGGAAGGUACAUCGGUAACAGUUGUCAAUGGCAGUAUUCAGAAACAGUUCUUUAAAAUGGGAGCUAGAGCGUUCGAAAUUUCCUUUGGUUUGACGGAGGAUAAUCUUACUGUGUAUUCGGGAUUCCAGGUUGAUUUACUGUAUCACGUGGACGAACCUCAACAUUUCCGGUUUUACAGACCAGUAUAUGCGCGAGUUGCAAAAAUACAUACCCUUGAACCUUUGUAUCAAAACAUGAGAUGUCUUCGCUUCGAAUUGCACGGUUGUAGGAAAACAGGCGUAAAGAAUUUGCAAUGUACAAAGUCAGACUUAGAAACCUUAAAUCGAUAUUCCGGGCUUGUAAUGGCAGAGAUUCAGUCCACCAAUACAUUGCAAAAUACAUCUUUAGAAGACUGUGAGCGUGCAUGCUUACACAAUAAAGAGUGUACCUCUGUACAUGUCAGUUCAAAUGGAGAUUGUCUUCUGUUUAAGAAGACUGACAACCAGCUAUGGCAUCUGCAGUCUAAGGAUAGUGUUGCUGGACAUACUGCUGCUAAAACAUGUGAAUCAGUGAUAAAGAACGAACGUAUAAUAUCAAGCAUUGGCUAUCCUUUACACUAUGGACACGGAGAAAGCUAUAAAUGGGUCAUUAAGUACGAGGAAUACGAAUUCAUACGAUUUGUCAUUACAAACGUGUCCUUAAAUACGUAUGAGCCCGGUGCAGACCAAAUGCAAUGUGAUGAUACUAUAAUAUUUGAUGAAGAACGUCAAGUGUUCAGCACACAUGACUGGAAACGUUUUACAAUUGACAGCAGCUAUAACGGCAGGAUAUUUGUCAUAGAUUCAAGGGUGUACCAGCUGACUCUGACGUUCACAAGCUGUCAGUAUUAUACAGCAGCAAGUCAUCGUGGAAGGGGAUUCCGUGCUAUUGUCCAGAAACAAGGCUCAGAGUUUAUUUUAGCCGACCGAUUCAUGGAUUCUAGGAAGUACUGCACUUUAAACAGGCCUCCUGGUAUCAUUUACACCGCAUCUGGCUCUGUGGGUGUUACAUUUUCUAAAGCAAAUGCACUGUCCGUCGAAUCAUUUCGACUUCUUUACAGAGCAGUGAAAGAUGUGUAUCCGGAAACAAUAACAGUUCGGGCAUCUAGUGUUCCAGAUAUCAUAGGCAGCAUGGAACUGGAAGCACGUUUCACUCAGGAUAGCAGCCUAAAAUUCGUCCUCGAAUUCCAGGAGUUUGAACUUCUGUUGGACGUUUCAAGUUGUCCAUUCAUAUUCACUUGUCUCCGAAGAUAUAGGGACAAUAAAGGAAAAGUGUAUGAAAUGUGGGAAAAUAAAACUCCAGUGACGUUUUCAGCAUGGAAAAAGGGAGAGCCAUUAAAUGGUGACUGUACCAGGAUGGGUUUCCAUUUAGGAAGUGAAGACAUGACCUGGGAGGCAACGGAAUGUUCAAAGUUAUCAAAAGCAUUUUAUUUCGUAUGUGAACAUGAUAUUGGAAAUCGAUCAAUAGACACUGAAUCUGAUAGAUGUUUCGAGACACAUUACACGUAUUCUGGGGUUCAGAAUUCAACUGUGUCUGGAACGGUUUGUAUAAGAUGGGAAAUGCAUUUUUCUCAGAACAACUUUGAUCAAUUUGCUUUUCCGGACAAGGAUUUGGUCGAAGCAGGAAAUCAUUGCCGUGAUCCAACAUCCUCGGGUUUUCAAUGGUGUUACACAACAUAUCCGGGAAAAUCGUGGGAAAUCUGUAAGGCCGACUAUGGAAAGAUAAUCCAUGACAAACAUGACAACUCUAGCGCUAAUGUGAAACCCACGUUGAAAUGUAAUCAUGGAAGUAAUGAACACAGUUAUGCCUCCUGCAAUAGAAUAGUUGACUGUGACGAUAUAUCGGAUGAACUGGAUUGUCAUUCACAACUUCACCCGCUGCUAAAGACAGCAUCUUUUGUUGAAAGUACUAGCCGUGUCCCAAAUGUGGACCCUGGAUCAACAUUUUUGUGUGGCAGCCUGGAGUGGAUUUCAUCUCUAGCACGUUGUGACGGAAUAAUAGAUUGUAAAGAUGUUUCGGAUGAAACUAACUGCUCAAGAACGACCUCAACUGAAGGUGGUUGUGGUACAAACCAGUUCACGUGUGGUAACGGAGUAUGUAUCCAUGUUAGUCUAGUGUGUAACUUUGUCACUGACUGCGCAGACUCCUCCGAUGAAAUAUGUGAUUUCCCGGACUGUGGUGAAGAUGAAUAUACCUGCGAGAGUGGUCAGUGUAUUCCAUCAUAUCAGAGAUGUGACGCCUUUCAUAACUGUUGGGAUGGAACCGAUGAAAAUAACUGCCAAUCUUGCAGUUCGCCAGCAGUUUUCAAUUGUGACUUCGUGCGAUGUCUGCCUUGGAGAAUUGUUUGUGAUGGUUACCCGGACUGUAAGGAUAACAGUGAUGAGUCAUCAUGCGACACUAGUGACGUCACUUCCUGUAAAGAAUGGUGGGAAGCAGGAUAUAGAGAAACAGGAAAAUAUAUAAGUGAGUACAGAAUUAAAAUUGCGUCGAUCUAUGGGGGAAAAGAUGCAAGUUCAUUUUCACGUUAUUCCAGUCCAAUCUUCGAAUUGGGCAUUGAAAAUUGUGUGGAGUAUGUAACACUGGAGCUGUGUGAAAUACGCUUUAUAUAUUUCAGGGAAGGAAAUAUGGUAUUCUAUACAAGAUUUGUCGAGUAUGACAACAGAUAUGUUCCAUACGACGACAUUUUUGACUUUCUGUUUGCUUCUACAGACGACACAGCUAAUUUUACACAAGAAAUUGUACAGUCCUGCGCUCCGCCGCUUGACGCAGCGUCUGAGGUGGACGAUAUCAGAUACAACCACGCCUAUUUAUACUGCCGGUGUUUAAAAAUAACAAUCGGCAUUGGUUGGGAACCAACUAUUAAUUCUGUUCGAGACUGUGGCACAGGGGGACUUCUAACUGAGGAUGAAAGAGACAGUAUUUUAUUUGAUUAUAUCUACACCGCCAAUCAUAGAGCACUAUCUUGGAAGAAUUCGGACAUACCAUCUGACAGUCUACGUCUUCAAAUAGGACCCGUUGUGUUUGCGGAAGAGUAUUUUACGGAUGCGUCAACAUUCGGUUGCGGAGAGGCACGUAACGUGUUUAAUAUGUCACUACUGUGCGUCUACGACACUGACCAAACAGGAACUAUCAUUGGAUGCAGAAGUGGAUCACACCUUCAAAACUGCAAGUACCAUGAAUGUCCAGAAGGAACAGUGAAAUGUCCUGAUAGCUACUGUAUACCAUUAAGGUUUGUCUGUGAUGGUGUGGAACAGUGUCCAAAUUCUGAAGACGAGUUCCAAUGUGGUUGUGGUGAUACAGAGAGGGAGGUCAUUAUUUUGCAUGAGGAUUCCGAAUUCAGAGGUCCCGACUUAAUCAAAGUUGCGAGACAGCUAUAUUCAACAAACGGCAUUGUUCGAAGUGUGAAAUACAAAUCGAACAAAAUUUCACAAGGAAUUCCUUUCAAACAUAGGAUUUUGCAUAUCAGUGACAAAGAAAUAAAACCAUUUGAGCUGAAUGACAGAGACUAUACAUGUGAAUACAAAGUUUUAGCAAACGACUUUAUGAAUGUUAUACAAUUUUCAAGAAAGACAUCACACAGUUUACUGUUUAUACAGAAUAGUCCAGAAUCAGCUGUAGUAGCUAGUCUGAUAUUUUCAAACAUUACAAACAUGCCGGAUUUUACAGUUUAUAGGAUUAUGGAGGGUGUCAAUACUGCAAAAGGUCAAUUUCCUUAUGUUAAAGAUGUUUACGUUGAGAACUGGAACGUUAUGUCAACAUUAGCUGCAAGGUAUUUGCCGAAGCUGUGCAAAGAGGCUACAAUGACUCACUGCCCAGGUGCUUACAAAUGUGCUUAUAGUAAGAUGUGUGUACAGUUGUCAGAAAUAUGUGAUGGUUACAGACAUUGCAUUCAUGGCGAUGACGAAUUUCUUUGCGAUUUCACCUGUCCAGUUGAAUGCGUCUGCAGUGGCUUUACAGUCAGUUGCGGAGACAGUGGCUUCAAUGUCACAGACGUUAGAGGAUUUCCCGUAUGGACAAGGUCAUUAGAAUUGACCGAUAGUGCCAUAGACAUACCUUUAUCUGAAACUUUAUUUGAUUUUCCAUUCUUAUACCUCCUAAACUUGUCCAGUUCCGGGACAGAACGAAUAGAGGAGAAUGCAUUCAUCAGACUCUCUAAUCUAAGAAUACUGGACAUCAGUAACAAUAAGUUAACCGCGCUUUCUGAGAAUGUUUUCGCGGGGUUACAAAAUCUUCACACGUUGAAUCUCGACGGAAACAGUGAGAUAUCUUUUUUGGGUCCAUUUACAUUCAAGCAACUAGUGGCUAUACGUGUUUUACGUAUUACGGGAACUAAAUUACGAACAGUCAUGUCGAACACAUUUUCCGGUUUAAGUCUUGAAAUUCUUGAUUUACGUGAUAAUGAUAUUCAAGAAAUUGAAGAAUUUGGUCUUGGCAAUCUUGAGGUAAAUCACAUACGUUUUCAAGAGAACGACAUAACAAGCUUCCAUAAAGGUGUUUUUACCGGGGUUUUAGCCUUAAAAUCAUUACAGACACCGGCGUACAAAUUUUGCUGCAUAAGACCAAACUAUGUAUCAGAAGACAAAUGUUUCCCACAGAAAGAUGAAUUUUCAUCCUGCGAGGACUUGAUGAGAAUUUCUGCCUUACAAACUAUGCUUUGGCUUAUAGGGCUUUGUGCCCUCAUCGGGAAUAUAUUGUCUGUUAUUUACAGACUGAUUUUUGAUAGACAACGUUUGCGUCUUGGAUACGGUAUCUUCGUUACAAAUCUUGCUGUUGCCGAUUUCUUGAUGGGGAUAUAUCUUCUGACUAUAGCCGUAGCGGAUGCAGUUUUCAGGAAAAGGUAUAUUUUCAUGGACGACUAUUGGCGAAACAGUUCAUGGUGUACAUUUGCUGGUGUUUUGUCAACACUGUCGUCAGAGGCAAGCGUCAUGUUUCUUUGCCUCAUCACUCUGGAUAGACUUCUUGUCAUCAAAUACCCGUUUGGACAGGUUCGAUUUGAUACCAGGAAAGCUUCAAUGAUAUCCGUUCUUGCUUGGAUCACGUCAUUGUUUAUUGCGCUGUUCCCUCUCAUGCUAACCGGCUAUUUCCAAAACAGAUUCUACAACAAAUCAGGAGUUUGUAUUGCAUUGCCGUUGACAAGGGAUCGCCCUCCUGGUUGGCUUUAUUCUGUACUUGUUUUCAUUGGUCUUAAUUUUGCCACAUUUCUGCUAAUUGCUGCCGGUCAAUGGUCUAUAUACAUGGAAAUAAGGAAAUCCAGUUCCAAAUUAAGGAAAUCACAGUCAAGAAAAAAAGAUCUAAUUAUUGCACGGAAUUUGCUAUUGGUAGUUGCAACUGACUUUUUGUGCUGGUUUCCAAUUGGAUGUAUGGGUGUGAUGGCGAUGUCAGGUUACGUCAUUUCCGGUGACGUGUAUGCAUGGGCAGCUGUGUUUAUUCUUCCCGUUAACUCGGCCCUCAAUCCUGUGUUAUAUACACUUACAGCCAUUAUUGGGAAAAAGAGCUUCACUCCAAAUACUGACGAGCAGAAGAGGAACACUACUAACACUGGAAUUGGUAAAAGAUUUCUGGUCAGUCAGCACAUUAUGACACGACGAUUCUAUUUAAUAGACUCGAGCGUAUAUGUCUCUUACAUCACGGUACAAGAAUGCUUUCAAAAGUUUGACCACAUACCUUUCCAAGCUAUACUGAAGAUGAGCUAUCAACUAACCGAAUGUCUUCGUGUUUUACACAAAAACGGAUUGGUUCUGAGGCGCAUUGAUGAAUAUUCUAUCUACGUCAACACCAACCAAGCAAAGGUAGUUGGUGAUAUACAGAUUCGUCAUGAGCCCACUUUGUGUAUCAAAAUAUCAGAAAAAAGGGAAGAUGUGUACAGCCUAGGAUUACUGAUUAAAGAACUGGUUGUGAAAAGUUUUAAGUAAAACAUUUCUAGGAAAGUUCCACAGCGUUACAUAUUUCAUUGCUUUUGUUAACUUGUGUAGUCCCAUAUAAUUUCUUUUGUCAAUCUAAGUAUUCUGUUGUAAUGGAAUUAUUAUUUCACUAGGCUGGCACGCAUAUGGCAUCUAUACAGAUUUUACGCUAAAGGAGGAACCUAGGUGACUCUCCGGAAUUUACUCGGAUAGGUUCCUUACAUGAAAUAAUUCUACAGCAUAAGUGGGGUUUCUAUCCGACACAGGUAACGAGCAGGUGAAUGAAAGUUCGCGGCCUUGCCAACUCGGCCACGAUGCUUAGAAUGUCGCUCCUGAACAAACUGUAACCAAAUACAUGGCUCCUUUACAUUUUUACAUUUUACAUUUUUAACAGUGUCCAGUGUCAAAGUCGGUGUUUUUAUUGUAUUGUUGUCAUAUUUAUUGAAAGUUGUUAUAUUGCUGUUCGUUGUGUAAGUUUUUCAGAGCAUUUUAUUGUUAUCUUGUUUAUCAUUGUUUUAAAUAUGUGCCUAACUUCAUUAUAAGCUUUUUAAUGUAAUAACUGUGGUAGUAAACAUUGUGUUCUGUAAUGUAACGCCCGGUCCAACUAGAUCGAGUUCUUAGGUUUGUGUUUGGGGUGUUCUGUGCUUCCGAGAAAUCUACCCUUAUUUAUUAUCUUUUGUUGCGUUCUAUGUUUUCCAGAUGAUCUACAUUAGAUAUUAUUUGUUAAAUACAUUCAGCCGCUUAAGCGUGUUUGAAAGAAAGCUACAUACCAUAGAGCUACAGAUAUUCAGUGCAGUAUACUAGUCAUUCUUUGAUUUAAGCAACUCGUUCGAGAUUUUAUAUCUUCAAACACAUCGAUUUUAUGUAAAAUAUACGUCUGACACUGGAAGAUAAGGAAAUUAGUAAACAUCCACUUGAGAUAUUUGUAAAAACCAUGUGUGAAAUUUUAAUUUUGCUCGAUUCAGUCAUUUUGUGUUAUGUCUUGUCAUUUACAAAGAUACUUUACAGACGUUCAAAUGUCCCUAACUACUCUCGAUGCCAGUCUUAGUCUUAACAAGUUUUGACAUUUAAAUCAAACGCUGUGUGAACAAGCUUUAGAUUUCAAGCCAGUACACAUGGUACAUAUUACGUGUGCACUUAAAGAAAACGUUUAAUUUUUUUCAUUAAAGAGCUACAGCUUUACUUCGACCUUUUAUCUUAGCUUUUCUAAAAAAACAUAUAUAGAAAAAUUUUUAGAGGAUUCUUCUUUUUUUAAAGCUGAAGUAUUAAUUACCAUGUCUAAAUCUUACUUUGAAAAUCGGAUCAGUAACUCGUGCCCGAGAAACUCAAUAAGAUUAAACAAUGCAAGAUACAAAAAAAUCAUAUUUUUAUAAAUUGUUCUUCCAUGAAAUUGAAUAAAUCUACUAUGACAUAACCUGAAAUAAUGCCUAGUUUACCUCCAGUUUCCGCAAAGUUUUUCAAAGUUAAAAAAUUGCUAUUACAUGAUCACUAUGCGCUUUUCAAUUGUUGAAUCCUAUAUCAUAUGGUACUUGUCCUAGUCUUUGAGGUUUGCUUAUUAUGCUCCCCGAAGGCGGGAGUAUAUAGUUGCCAACUUCUUGUCCGUCCGUCCGCCACACGUCUUGUCCGGGGGAUAACUCAAAAGUAUUAAAGAUACCAAGUUGUAAGUUAAACAGUGAUUGAUAUUCAAUUUAGUUAUAAUAUGCUUAAUCCGGUCAUCAGUUGUCAUUUUGUUUGAUAUUGUGUUUAUUAAUGCAUAUCAGAACGACCAAUUAGCUUAGUACAAAACUUUAGAUUCGAUUUUUUGGUAACCUUUAUCUUAA